AAACGUGUGGGAGGCUUUGGGCGCUGUUCGUUACGUAGAGGCAGCCGCCCACACUGACCUGGAUAUUAUGGCUGAGGAGGACUACGCCGACCUCUUUGAGUGUCAUGGAUUAUUGGACCACAAUGUUCUGCCUACGUGCUCAUAUUCAUCAGAGAGGACAGGGUCUCAGGGGCGACAGUAGGCAGACCAGGAGGCUCCUCUGCUCCGGACUCGUUUAGCUGCUCACAAGACAAUGUCGAUAAGUAAGAAAUCAUAACCUGAACUAAAUGACAUACUUAUAAAUUUCUACGGCUCCCAGGUCUUGAUUGAUUCCGCUUGUUGCUGUGAUAGACACCUGGAGCUGGAUAUCACAUGUGAGUGGGUCAUAACAUCACCAUUACUCAGACACAACAGUAUUUACUUCUCUGAAGUGAGGAAGUAGAGCUGUGUCAAGCUAACGCCAGUCUAGAACAGCUUACACAGGAAGUAAUGGAGCUAUGCCUUCAAAAUAGAAGCGUUCUUUAAAUUCGUUUGACAUAAGUUGCAAGUACAAAAGCCGUAACACUUGGACUUAACAAUGAAAGAGUUUUUAUAAGUAAGACUUAUCCUCAUCUCGGAGUUAAUCGUCGGACUCUGCCGUUUAUAGAAACAUCUAUUUGUUUUAUUGUGGAACCUAAAGCGGAAGUAGUGUCCUCGCUGUCCCUUAUUUGACACUGGUUGCGAGAGGGAUGUGGCCAGGAUGUAUUUAUGCUGCAGUUCAAGAUAUGAAAAUCACUGAAUUAGCUCUGCUCUGGGAGCUCUGCUUCACUACGGGACACACCAGGGGCAACGAUAUCGCUGCCAUCCGUCAGUGCGGCUGUUAUCGGCGGUCAGAGACGGAGAGCACGACCGAGGCUGCCGCGGCUACGCUGGUUUCGUCUGGACUGGACCAUUUCCAUGAAGGCUCCUCAACCUUACGCCCAAACAGUUUUUGUGCGGGGCUUUACUCUGUGUAUACUGACAUAAUGAAAGAAUGUGAAUCAAAACUGUCACAUUCUUGACUUUUAUUUUUUGUUUUUUUGUAAAGACACUUUGUGUUUCCCCCCCUUUUUAUUUUGAACACAUGUCAACAACUCAGCGUCAGGUGAUGAUGGAGUCCUCUCUGGCACUUGGCAGACUGGAGCUGACCCCAAGUUCAGCAGCGGUGGGUGUCAGCCUGGCCCCGCGGCUGUCCGGCGGGCCCCCCGCCAAAGAGAAGUGCGGUCAGCGGCAGCUGGGGCCGCAGGGGCAGGCUCACCUGAACGGCUGCGUCCCGCUGUCACAUCAGGUGGCGGGUCACAAGUAUGGAGUGGAUAAAGUGGGUAAGCACAAUUUAAAAAAAAAAAUUACUAUUAUUUUUUUUAUUUAUAUAUAUUUUUUACUUUUAUACGUCUUUGUGAUACAUGGAGGAAAACUGUCAAGGAAAACCACAAACUCACUUACACAACUGUCACUAAAUGUGAGCAAGCAAAAGUAACAGACAACUCACAAGGGUGACCACAGGUAUCUUCACAGGUACAUUUCUCAGCACAGAUUUCUAUUUGGAGUUUCAUGCUUUAUUGUCCGCUUGAUAGCCUUGUUUGCGGCUUUAUGCAAUUUUACAACACAAGAAAUUGUGUUUUUAAAAACCUACACUCUUGCCACUAUCUCCAUAAAGCACUCUAGAACCCCCCUCUGCUGUUGCCAUGCCAAAAUGUCAAAUUUCUAAGCCUUAAUGAGGAGAUCACUCAACCUGUGAUGUUUUGUUUUAAGCCAAUUUUGUUACAUCUCAUUUUGUUCUUAUGUGACUACUUGAAAAUUUUCAUCCAGUGAUUGCUUCACUGUGUGUUUGCCUCAGUUUAAAUUCUUACCUUUCAAUAACUUUAACUUUGAGUAUUAUUAUCUAACAAUCUGACCUUAACCCCCUCCGUAAGAUGAAGAAGCAAUUUUAUGCGCCUGAUACAACCCUGAUUAUCCAUGCAGUCUAUCUUCUGUAAGGGCGCCAUGAAUCACAUAUCUCUGGUCAGUUUUGUUUAAUCAAAAUUUUGGUUUAUUUUUUUGGACUGGCUAAACAAAAAUAUAUUUGUAGCUUAAAGUUUCCAAUUCAAACUUUGUGGAUGUUAAGGCACAAUGAAUUACAGUCCAUUUCAGUUACCUUUCUCAUGCUUGUGUAAAGUCAGUAAAAUAGAAAGAGCGAAUCUGUUUUUGUCUGAUAUGGUGAUAAAUUUUCCAACCAUUCCUGGAUCAUAAAGAGUCUAAGCUAGAGCUGAGCAGUGUAUCAUUUGGACUUCACAGUUGCAAUGUGUGCAUAUGUAGUUGAUACAUCAGAGGACAUGCAAUGUCAGUCCCAUGACCAAAACGCAUCUUGCCGCCACCACUUCCUCGUCCAGCAUUUAUCUAUGAUAGACAUCUAUGUGAAAUGACUCUAAUGCGGCCUCUCAAUUAUAGAACACACAGUGAAACUGAAACCUGUGCAUGCACAGUCUGUAUCUAUAUGAACAAAGGCUGUAGAAUACAAACAUUCAUACAAGCUAAGACACUGCUGCCACCAAAAACUUGAUAAAGUGAGGCAGAUUUUGAGACAAGGUUGUCCUCACACUAAGUGAGGAUGUCAGAGCUGCUGUUGUAGAGCUGAACACAGUGUGAUAAAAGCAGGAGGAGGAUUCAUUUCUUCUGAAAGCAGAAAAUACACUGAAAGAUCCAGAUAAUAAAAGUUGGAUUGUGUUAUAGAUUUUUUAAAAACUACACUGCAUUUAUCUGCUACCAUCAACAUGUAUUUUUUCAUAUCACACGUUGUUCUGCUGAAGGGGAAGCUUUUUCGUCAUCUUGCAGACCAGCUGUGAUCUUGUGCACCACUGAACUCCUGCCACAAAACAUGACACUUGUUUAAACGUUCACACACUAGCUCUUGUAUACUCCUUGUCACAAUUGUAUUUGUGUGCAUACAUUAUAUCAAUUGUCUGGGCCUAUAAAUAACUCACCAAACUGUUACCGACAAAAGCACACACAGAGCUUUUUCCUCGCACUGCUCACGCCUGACACCCAUGCUCUGUUGUUGGAGGACGGUUGUGGGAGUUUCCAUGAAAGUAAAAGAUGAAACAAGUUCUUAGUUUAUUUCUCUCAGCUGUGUAAUGCAUCCCCCAGUGAAAAGCAAUGAUAUUUAAAAUGCUCUACCAUGAUUGUUUGCAGCAAGGCAGUAAAUUUUAAAGUUUUGAUCGAGCUGCAUGCAUAUGAGGAAAGGUUCAUACAUCUGUUUCAUCUUCAACUGGAUAAACAGUUUUGUGUCUGUGACCCACAAUCUAAAUGGUCUCUCUAAUAGUCAUGCAUGUUGGAUACCACCUGACAUGAUGAAGGCCCCCUUUAAUUGUUAUUUGGUGAGGGGUUGAGCUGAUCUGAUGGUUACGUUCAUAAACCUCCUAGAAGAUGCAUCUUUAAAAAGACAGUGUGGAAGGCAUACAGUAGUCAGCCAUGAUUAAGACAUUACACAUCUGUCCACUCACUAGAGUGCUCAGCUGAAACGUUACUGUUUGACCUGAGAUUGUGAAGCAUUCUCAAUGCUUUCACUGUUGGUGUGAUCCGACAGUUGCAGGGCAUUUUAGGUUCAUUUGUAACAUUCUAAACAAUGUGAUCAUCAGGAUUAUUUUUUCUAUAUCCAUGCCACAACAUUAGGUACACCUGAGCAACCUAAUGCAACAGAUCUGCUCUAUAAAUUCUACUGAUACAAAGCCUCUACAGUUUAAGGUUUCACUGACAUGGUCAUGAGAGGGACAAUGUUCUUGAAAGCUCCCAUGAUGAUUUUUUUUUGACAAUUUAAACUGCUGCCAUUUCAUGCAGAGUGAACACAACCACCAGCAACAAGGUCCUGGGUUCGAAUCCGGGUCAGGUCGUUUCUGUGUGGAGCUUGCACGUUCUCCCUGUGUCUGCGUGGGUUUACUCCGGGUACUCCGGUUUCCUCCCACAUCCGCAAAAACAUACAGAAGUGUGGUUAGCUUAAUUGGCCACUUCCAAAUCGCCCGUAGGUGUGAAUGUGAGCGUGGAUGGUUGUUCGUCUCUAUAUGUCAGCCCUGUGAUGAACUGGCGCCUUGUCCAGGGUGUCCCCUGCCUUCGCCGGAAGAUGCUGGGGUAGGCUCCAGCCCCCCGCGACCCCCAACGGGAAGAAAGCGGUAGAAAUGGAUGGAUGGAUGGAUAUUUAAUGACUUUACCUCACCAGCUAAGAUAACCCAUGUAACAUGUCCAAAGACAGGCCUUCCCCCCUCCAAGACAUACAGAUGUUAUAAAUAACUUAAAAGAGAAAUAGUACGUUCAUAUGCUGACAUUCUGGUUUUGGCUUUUGCAGCCCAUAGUGAGGCAUUAGUGUUAAUUAAAAGCAGAGGUACAAGUUGGAGUGGAUCAACUGGUCCUUUGAGACAUAAAGGAGGAACAUGUCCCACAUGUGCUCUGUGCAGUAACAUGAGUUUUAUGCUUUCCGUUUGUUUACACACUGAUAUUUCUCUGACAUUAUCCCAGAUAUUCUCCCACUUGGCCUCCGUUAUCACUACACCCAGGUCCUACUACUUCCAGGUCCCUCACAGACUCUCAUAGAAGGCACUAAAGGGAAGCAAUCCACCUUCAGAAAGAAGUUUUUGUUCUGGCGCUGUGGGCAGGUGGAUCCUCUUGGGUAUUAUUGGAGUCGAGGUCUCUCUUAAAGCUCUUUCAGCUGGUCUGUAUUGUUUUCUCUGAUACUUCAGAGAUCCUCUAUGGAGUUCAGGUCAGACCAGUUAGCCAGCCAAUCACAUACAGAAAUCCUAAGGUCAGCAAACCAGUUUCUGGUAGAUGUGGUGCUGUGGGCAGGUCUCAGGUCCUGCUGGAAAAGGAAUUCUGCAUCUCCAAAAAAGCUUGACAAUCUGUGUGACAUUGAUUUGGGAUGCUAGUGACAUGUCUUUUGUAAAGAAAUCUCUCAUGUAGCAAUACUGAAAAGGUCCUUUUUGUUAUGUCAUAUUUUUCUACCUCCUGAUUAAUGGUCAUGAGGACAGUCCUGUCAGAGAGAUCACCUAAAGGGGAAAUGAUGUCGCUGUCCAGCAAAUCCUGACUCACAGGGGCUUUAGAUUAAUGAAGAAUAACUGGCUUAUUAUGUUUUUACCAGGAGGGAAACUCUAAUAUUACUGCAACAUGACAUGCUUUUUUUAGUUGUUAUGUUUGCAUGUUUGUUAUCUGUUAUCUGACACCUGUGAUCACCUACUGAUCUCAAUAAUGAACACAUCAGGCUCAGUUAUGUGCUGAUGAGCAGCUGUCGGGCUGUGGAAGCUAAUUUUCCGCUGUUAAUUAGUCACCAGGAGGAGAAAAUAGAGCAGAGAUGAAGAUGUAUCACUUUGUGGUGAGUAAAUCACUCACACCGUUUCCAGAAAAUUAAUCAGCAACUCCUGAAUAAUCAGUCACACACUUAAGUAAAUAUUCGAACAUGGACAAAGAAAGAGGCAUUGAGUGAAGCAGUGACAGAGUCUGUUUGACCGUACACUGUAAUAAUCUUAUCUCAGCCCCUCCCUGGGCUUGUUUAACAAUCAUUAACACUCAGGCUACAUGAGUCCAAGCCCACAGGAAGAGGAUGGCAGUAUUGACACAGUAUUCAGACUCCACAGCAGUGGAAGAACAAGCUCAGGAAUCCAGUUCAGCUGGUACUGCUGCUGACUGAGAAUGAUCCUGCUCGCUCCUCCUCCCACGGCCCUGUUUCCUCUGGCCCUCAGGCUACCGCUGCACUAUAGGGCUUUGUUUGGAUGUAUGUUAGCUAUGUGUGGGCUAUCAACAGCUGAAACUGAGUGUGGAGGUAAUCACUAACUGUCAAGGGUCCCAAAGUCCCAAAGUGGUGGUCAGGUAGACUUUUGAUGGUCAAAACGUGAACUUAAACCAUCAAAACAUGGUGAAAAAAGUGCCUUGAAAUAACUGAAGUGUUGAUACUUCUUCAAACUUUGAACCGGAUAGUUUACUUUUUAAUCCCUCUGUUACCUCUUCUUUAUUAAUGUCACCUGUUUUGUUUCUUUUCAAAUCAUAAUGAGGAUAUUGAACCAUUUUUAAAGUUUCUUAAAAGAAUGUAUUUGGCUUUUUUUUUCUUUUAAUCGAUUGACACGCCAGUAGUCUACAUAACUUCUUCCAUCAUUGAGCCAAAGGGCGUUAAAAAUGUUCUGGUUCCUUGCAAAAGCAUGGUAAUAACUUGAUUCUGUACUUUUAUGGGUUUAUUUUUGAUGUUCCUCUUGAUGAGCUAAAUUCAUCAAUACAUGCCAAGAGGUCUUUUUUAAGGGUUUAGAGCUCGAUAACUUUUGAUGUUGAACAGUCCACUUCAGAACAGAAAAUAGUAUUUCACUGCAAAUCUCCUUCUGUAUGGUUAAUCCAACUAAAGGUGCAGCUCAAAACAUUUGAAUACCCUGAAAUAAAUGUCCUUUUUUUCACCAUGAUUUAAUUCAAAAUGUGAAACCCAUGACUCUGACAGUGUGCACUCAAGUAGAUAAAGAGAUGCAUGUUUAAACUAUAAGGUCCUUCCUUGAGCUGCUUCACCCCGCAGCAGUCUGUAGUGGACUGGCCUGAGGUCUCGCUACAAACAAGCGGCUGCUGGAAGAGAGUUUUGCUCACAUGUAUAGAAUACAUCAAAUUUGUACUUUUCUGGUCACUGCUGGAAAGUACAGAUUUAAUUGUUUCUUUUUUUAACAAUUGUCUAAUUAUUUGAGGUGUACCUGUUUGCAGUUUACAUCAACAUGAUUAUGAAUUCUCACAUUCAACUUUACUGACCAGAAAGAGCCUAAAGGUGACACCAGCUCUGCAGGAAACUGUGUGUGUGCGUGCGUGUGUGCGUGUGUGUGUGUACUAAACAUAAAAGUCAAAGGUGAGAGUCCAGCUCUAUUUCUUCACCUUAAAGCUGCUCUCUGAGAGUCCUCGCUCAGGGCUUGACAACCUUUUACCUACAAACUUAUUUUCAAACCUGUCAUUUUUGUGUUGAUUAUUAAACAGCCAGCAUCGAAAGGUUUGUGACUUUGAUUGUAAGUGAUACAAAGUUGAAGAACUUUUGCCUUUACUUUCAAACCAAUACUGCUGAGACAGAUACUUUUUAUUUUGAUCAUAUGUCAGGUUUUAUAGGCAGAUAAAGCAGCAGUUGUAGCAGAUUGUCUGUAAAAUCCUGCAAUGAUUUCCUCUACUUGGAGGUGGUAAACAUUAACACUGCCCCUCUGUAAACUUGAGGUAAUCUGGAGUUCUGAUACGGUCCCUUUACUUUUAAUGUUGCGUAGUUCAGCAGAGCAGUACACCAUCAAAGUUUUAAUCAAACGCAGAUUAUUAAUAAGCUCCUUCUGUUAUCAGAGUUUAUUAGCCAGGUGAACACAGAGCUAAUAUAACACGGAUCAACUGUGAACUCAAUGUUAACUGAUCUUACUACUAUGACUACAUGCAGCAGCUCAACAGCUGAUUGGAAAUAAUCCUUGGCUUUUGUAUGGGUGCACAAAUCCACCCGAAUCACAUCAAUAUGAACAAUAAACAUAUGUGUUAAAGCCUCACAUGGAUCAGGUGUUGCUGCUCAUGUCGGAUUUUACUUUCUUUAGUAUGUUUUAUUGUGUGUGUGUCUAUGUCUGUGUUUUCUGAAGAGAAUCUCGAGAUCAGCAGAGUAAUCCUUUCAAUCUGUACUCAGCUGUGGUCAGCAUGCGAUUAUGUAACAGGACACUUUUCUUCUCCUCCCAGUAUCUCUGUGUUUACACUGGAAACAGACUUGAACAAGGAACGACAUGUGGGGAUAACCUCCCUCUCUUAGUGUACCUCCAACACAAAUCAGAUACAAAAUAAAACCAAAUAAGCGUCAGCUCCUGGGUGCAGCUGAUGACAACCAGAGCAGCUCCACAUUAAACACAGCUCUCAGUGAUUGACUAAUGCAGAACAAACAUUUCUGUGUUGUUUAGUUCAACUAAGCAUUUCACACUAGUUUUCAAUUCCCCUUUAGUGCCUGAACAGCUGUUAUUAUAGCCUCUGUGGCUGUGAUCAACCCCCUGUUCAAAACAGGACCACUGUGUCUCUGUGAAUGUGGACUCAUGGUAAUGAGUCUGAUUAUGAUCAUAUCUGGGAUGCGGUAUUUACAUGCACACACAGAAACCUGGUUAUCUCUAUCUAUGUUUUUUUUAUGUAUGAUUGAGAAGAAGAAAAAUCACUUCACAUCUGAAUCACAGUCCUGAAAUUCUGAACUUGAAACUUGAAAAGUCAAAAAUGUGAUUUAAAAAAAAAAACAUUUCCCCCAUUUUUUUUUAAAGAUUUUAUUGAAGAACAACAAUUCCAGGGAAGCUGAAAGCAAUCAGAAAUAGAAAAUAACAUUUAAAUUAAGGCUUGGAAUAAUGUAUCUUUAUAAAAUCACUAUUAUAAUGAUCAUUAUGAUAAUUAAUUUCAAAUCCAACCCAGUUAGGUAACUUCUUUAAUAAUAAAUACAGAUGGCUGGACAGAAAUUUAAAUGAAGAUACUGAUAUUGUGCUAAAAAUAAGCACAUUGUAAUAUUGUGAGUUCAUAGUGGUGAUCUUUUACACAAUACAAAAGACAGAGAGAUGAAGAAGAAGUAGCAGACUGCUGACAGAUGAUUAGACAUCCAAAAACAACGUGAAAGCUCAAACCUAUUUGGGUUACUGAUCAGUUAAAAAUUUGAACUUCCUAACCCUUCUUUUGACUGUUUUUUUUCCCCCACUUCAAAAUAAAAGCAUAGUUUUACCUGACAGGGAAAAAGGGACCUAAAAUAAAGAGAGAAAAAAUUCAUGAGGCAAUGUCAGCUCUGAAGAAGUUUCCGUCAUUGCGCUGAUGAUAAAGCAUAAAUGUAAACAUCAGUGGAAAGAGAUGUGAACAGCGAUGGAUGAAUAUGUGUGGAGAAUUAGUUUUUUUGUAAAUCAAGGUCAAGUUAGGUUGAUAGUGAAGGGUUGAUUAGUUACAUGAUGUGGGAAAGCGAGAAAUCUGAACAGUACACUUGAAUAAGAAAGUCAUAAUUCUACAUCAGUAAAUGAUAUAGAGUGGAAGCACAGCAAAAUGAGUAUUUUUUCUAUGUACAUUUUACAAAACAGACGAUUUACAUCAGUAUCUUUUCCGAAGUAUUGUAAGAAUAAUUUCACAGUGAUGAAAACAGUGAAUUAUUUUCAAUUAAAGGGAUUUUAGUUUCACGUUUUGGUUGCUGGCACUGUUUGCUGUUGUACACUGCUGAAGCAGGAGUGUCAGUCCUGGCUCCUCAGUUUUAGUGCUGACGUUUGUCGUGAAUUUGUACAUGGAGCAGCAAAAAGUUGGUCCAGUCUGGUUUCAGUUUCAGGUCUGCAUUUAGACACCUCCUCAGGGGCUGUACUGUGUCUGCUCAUGAGCCCACCUCUAUUUCUUAUUCAUCCUCCUGUCCCCUUUUAUCUCCUUCCUCUUCAUCCUCCUCCUCUUCUUCUUCUACCUGAAAAUGCACAGACCCACUUCAGCACAGCUGCUAUAACAGCCUAAACAUUUCCUCUCCUACUUAUCUACUGGGAAGGCUGUGCUGAAACAAGGCUCUGAGACUAAUGAGGAUUUUCAGGAUUAUUUAACCUGUUUGACCCCCACAGUCUUGGAUCUUUACUGCUGUCUUUGUGUGUUUCAGGUAUUUUGCAGCAUCCAGAUGGAACAGUCCUGAAGCAGCUCCAGCCUCCACCAAGAGGUCCCAGAGAGAUGCAGUUUUACAGCAUGGUACCAUCACUUGAUUCCAUCUGUUUUACCUUCACACCCUUACAUACACAAGAGGACAAUUUUUUGUCUCUUUAUUCAUGCAUUUAUGUUUGGAGGAGGUUUAAAUGAAAGUAGUCAGGUCUUUCUAUUGGCAAUAACUGAGCCUUAUGCCACCACUUCACAUGCAGCCCAAGAAAGAAGGAAAUAUUUGCACGGUGAAAAAAAUCUCUUCUUUCAAACAAAAAAUAGUUUUUAUUUAAGAUGUGAUGCUAGUGAUGUCAACAGUUAAAUGAGUGUAGAGUAACUGAUGCCCAAAAUGUACUUGAACACGCAUGUUAUUGUUAAAUUUUCCAUGAGGAAGAUGAGAACAAUGCAUAAUCUCAUUUUAUAUUGGACUACCAUUUGCCAUUUUAAGUUAAAAGCAUACUUCAAUGCAAACCAACAUGGCUUAAAGGGAUAUUCUGGCGUAAAAUUAUUUUCAGGUCAAACACACCGUAACACCGAGUUAGACACCCCCUUGAUGAAUGUUGCCGACCGCUUGCUUCUCUAGCUAUACCAACUUUCAUUUCUUCAUGGAACAAUCAGACCGAGAUGCUAAGGCAGAAGAACUACCACGUCUGCAGUGCAAAAUGAUCAAUAUGGUGAUUAUUACUUCAAGGAAAUCAUAAAGAAAUGAUCAUAAAUGUUCUUCCUUGAGCUGCGUCAACCCGCAGCAGUCCGUAAUGGAUAAGCAUGAGGUCUCGCUACAAACAAACGGCUGCUGGAAGAGAGUAGGUGAGUUCUGUUUAGUCUCUUUGUUAAAGAAAUCAGGCAAAGUUAAAAAGAUGUUUGGUGGCUAGUGCUGUGGCUGGAACCCUAUAUGUACUGUUGAUGAAGUUAGGUGCUGUUCUGAGCAUAAUUUGUGGUUAUAGAGUGGUGUUUUGAUUGAGGUUUGUUUAUGGCUCCUCAGACCGCUGUGUAUUGCUAUUGUGCGAUCAUUACUAAAGUUGGUAUAACUACAGAAGCAAGCGGUCGGCAACAUUCAUCUCUGUCUACCUCAGUGUUAUGGUGUGUUUGACCCUGAAUUAAUUUUACGCCGGAAUGUCCCUUUAAGGUGGUGUGUGCACCUCAGAGACACUCAGUAAGGGGAGGCAGCCAAGCAACAGGUCUCUGCAGGCUGGAAAGCUUUUUACCAGGGCAUCAACCUGUGACUGGACACAGAUCUGGCAGGGUGGAGAAAAAUCAAUAGAAGAUUUCCCAAACUGGCAAAUCUGGCACCUAUCUACACACCAGGAAUGUCAGUGCUUUCAAGGCAUGUGCUCUCUGCAACCGGACUAGACAGUCAAAAACACACAAAUGAGCAGUGACAUGUGGCAUCAUAGCUGCAAACAACCAACAGCUGACUAAAAGAGCAAAUGUAGAGAAAACUGGGCACUGUGAGUCUGAAAUGUUUUUGUGUUCAGUUCUCUUGUGGCAGAAAUUCUACAUUUAGCCAUCUGAGUCUCACUCUGUAUGACUGUGUGUCUGUGGAGAUCAAUCUUUAAGCCUGCUCUGUGUAAUGAUAUUUGGCGUGUCUAAUAACUUGGUGUCUUUGCACUUUUAUAGCUUUGCAGUACAGUCAGUCAUAUCCAGUGUUGCAGUAGGGGGAAAAAACACCAUGGUAUUGUGGGUACAGUGUUCAUUAGUAAGCCAGCUGAAGUGCAGCUAAUGUGGAAAUGUUGAAUUGACACACUGAGAAGCAAGAAUGAUUUGGUAAAUAAGAAUAUGUAGUGAGUGAGUAGGUGGGUGAAGAAAUACAGAGUGGUUACAUUCAGUGAAGACAUCAGACGUCCCAUAUGGUGCUCGGUGGUCUCAUGUGCGUCUGCUGCUUCAGAGCUUCAGUGUUUGAUUUGGAGCUUAGCUGCUCUGUCAGCCUCAGCAACUCUCAUACAAACAGGAAUGAGUCAUGGCAGCACGUCCGCCUGUGUCUGAUCUAACCAAUCAGACCUAAUCCUUGUGAUACACACACACACGCACGCACACACACAUCUCACAUUUCCUACACUGGGUUAGACGUCCAGUCACAGCUGGUAUAAAUCGUCAUCAAUCUGUGUCAAAGAUUAUUGUGCAACUUUAUAUAACCAAUAAUGGGCUGGGGUACCACUCUUUUUGAACUGUACUAUAUCUUUAUUAGACCCAUACUGCCACGCCAAAAUAAAAGCCGCCAUGCUCUCAGAAUCAUUUUUUUUUUUUCCUCAGAUGUUUCAAAUGUAAAUUAUAUUGUACGAAUAGAUCCAUAUAAACGUAAAGUCUAUAUUUGCGCACUUUUACAGACCAUAAUAAGAGUGUGGAAUUGUACUCAGGAAAUGUGACACUGCUCUACAAAUAACCCUCCCCCACAGUUUCAAAAAAAUCCCAGAGGAAACCCUGAGACCUGUUGUGUUAUUAUGGUAAUAAUCCUGUGUGGGGCUGUAAUAAAUGUCAGAAGAGAGGCAAGUGAUCCAUCCAGGAACUUCGCCUUCAAACUACAACCCCGCCCACUUUUGGAUUAAAGGGUACCUGGCACUUUUCUGGCGUUAGAUAAGAAUAUGGUGCUAUUUGAUGGCUAUUGAAAGUCCAAGUAUAAAGCCAGCAAGGCAAACAUGUAAAUCAUGACUCAAUAUCAAAGUCUAAGGGUUUACAUCGGUCCGCCUCCAUCAUACUAAACAAACUUUCCCAUCCUGUGGGUGUAGGCGUCAUAAACUGAUGUCACACCACUUUAGUGAGAAUUUAACAGCGUUUCCUUGGUACAUUCAGAUCAUAUGUCUUUGUCAUCAUUUCUGGGCUUCACAAAGGGCUGUCAUGUCGGAGUACAUAGAGACUAGAAAAAAACUGUCCAAACACUUGCAACACUUGGAGCAGUAUGCUCCACCUCUUGAUUUCAACCAUUAGAAAAUACAUUAAGGGAACAGUUGAUGCUGUUAAAGGUAUAAAAAGGUAUUAACUACAGAAGCAUAUUGCAUUCACCAAAAAAAAGCUCUGUUUUUCAGAGUAAUUUUUUUCUGUUCUGUUCUUCUGACUUUUCUUUUUUCUUUUUUUCAGAGUAAUUUUUUUCUUUUCUUUUGUUUAGGCAUUUUUUUUCUUUUCUGUUAUUCUGAAUUUUUUUUCUUUUCUGUUUUUAAGACAAUUGUUUUUUCUUUUCUGUUAUUUGGAAUUUUUUUUUCUUUUUUUUUUCGGAAUAUUUUUCCCCUUUUUUUCAGACUAAUUUUUCUGUUUUUCAGACUGUUUUUUGUUUUUUUUAUUUGUUCGUUUGUUUUUCAGACUAGUUGUUUUUCCUGUUCUCUGGGAUCAUGAUCAUUCAAAAACAGACGCUUUUAUUCCCCUCUGCUUGGAAGCAAACAUGGCCCACUUGUUUAGUUUAACCAAGUUUUACUUUCCUUUGGGUUUGACACACUGAGAGACACUCCUUUCUUUAAGUCAGAUGGAUGGAAUCGUCAUAAGUCUGUCUACUUUGCGCAGGCAUCUCAGGAUUUGCAAACCCUAUGUUUAACUAAUAACAUGCUUUACUCUCAUUGAACCCGUAGUCGAAGUUAUCUAGGAGCUGGAGAAUCGGUUGGUUUGGAGCAGCUACAGUGGUUAACGUUAUCUGAUUGUAUGAGAUUCUUGCAGGAUUUUGAAGUAUCUUGUUUAGUCAUGAAAAAAAUAGUCCAAAAAACAGAAAGAAAAACAGAAUAAAAAUUUUUGAAAAAAUAUCAGUACAAAAAAACCCCAGAAAAAGCAGUCAGAAAAAAAUGAGUCUGAAAAACAGCAAAGAAAAAAAAUCUUUAAAAAAAAAAAACGGUGAAGUGAAUGCAAUAUGCUCAGGCAUACUCAUCAUCAGUUUUACAACCUGCUGAAAAGUCCUUAUAAAGACUUGACAAAUACUUAUUUGAGUUAGUGUGAACAGCGAUGUGUGCUUUGGUGUGUCUCAGGUUUAUUCAGAAGACUGCAGUGAUCCAUGCCUCCUGGAGCUCCAACACCAUCUGCCCAAGUACUACGGCACCUGGUCUUCUCCUGACAGCCCAAACGGUAAAAAGAAGAUCUCUCUGUCGCCAAAAUCCAAGUAAUCUAUGAAACUGUAAACAGAGCAGAGUAUUCAAACUCAUAUCCAGCUGUAAGAGAAGAACAAAGCUGCUCUAUUCUGCAUCGGUUUGCCUCACUGGUUCAGCAAAUGAAGGUCAGGAGUCACACAGUGAAGCUGUCAUUGAUUCUGAGGAAAUGUAGGUCGAGCCAAAACACAAACUAUUCAACAAAACUGAGUGGUAUCGAUGCCACAGAGUUUACAACCCAGCUUUUAGGAGCAGCCCUCAGUUUCAGGAUAUGUAUUCUCAUAGUGUUCUGUCUGCAUACUCGCUGUCCAGUUUGGCUGUUAGUCUGUGGGGCGGGCUUAUCUAGUAAAUACUUGAAUUACAAAGCGAGAGGUCGAGUUGAUAAACAGAGAAAUAUGUGACAUAUAAGACCCAGCUUACUCACUAGAGGGAGAAAGUAAUCUGUUCAGAAAUAAAUCAUAUCUCAGCUGCAAAAUCAGGCGUUCUUGUUUCUAAUAACCAAACCCCACAUCACUCAUGUAAAUCACUCUUGUCUCGUGUGUUUGUGCCACUUUUUCAGACCUGUACCUGAAGCUGGAGGACGUGACUCGACGCUUCGUGAAGCCGUGCAUCAUGGAUGUGAAGUUGGGACAGCGGAGCUACGAUCCAUUUGCCUCGCAGGAGAAACGAGAACAACAGAUACGAAAGUAUCCUCUGAUGGAGGAGAUCGGCUUCCUGGUCCUCGGCAUGAGGGUGAGUCUUACCUGCUUUGGACCCCUGAGUUGGUCAAAUGGUUGGUCUUCUUACCAAGUGAAUAGUUCAACACAGACUCACACUUUCAGGCCCCGCGAAGGUUUUUCAGUUCUAACAAACAAAGCUGCUGCAAAAUACAAAGUGCAAAUGGGUUUUUCCAAGUGUCAGAAGUCUGAAGAACUAACAUCAGUCUACAGAAAAUAGCACUUUGACUGGAGAGAAUUAAAAUCAGGAAAACAGACCAAUAGAGGAGGAUUGUUGUACAUUUUUCAUCUGCUUGGUGCAGGUUUAAGAAAAAAAAAGUCAAAAAAGUCUGGAGAACAAAAAAAUCACUCAUCUAAAGACCCUCAAGACCUUUCUUGUAAAUUCUCAACACAACAUUUCCACAUUUUUCAGAACAACAGAAGAGCAGUCAUUCAGAGGAUUUUAUUGACUCACCACAAAUGCUGGAAGUUAAUUUCAGGUUUUCUCCUCGAUUAUUUGACCUUUCCUCACUUGACUCUUUACUCCUUCAGGCUAUAGCUGCACAACUUAUCGCUGUUUUAUCUGUACCCAAAUAUGAGCAGCUGUUACAAACACGUCCCAACAGUCCAUAAUUCAUCACAAAUACAUAAAAAAAUGAACAAUUGAUGCCCUCUUACACAGGGUGUUCACUGUUGAAUGGAAGCCUGUGUGGACUUUUGUAGUGAGAUGAGGCUUAAAGCUUCUGUAAGGAGUUUUUGACAUUUAUCAAAUUGACAGAAAUUCAUACUGAUGCUGAUUAUGGUAUCUAAGAGCAAACAAAACCUUAAGCAAGAAUACUGAUGAUUUUAAUGUUAUCUUUAAGGCCUGAAAUCAGUGUGAGGGAGUAGGUGUCAGCCAAGCAGCUGAAGAGGUAAUUUUCAUAAAAUAUUCAUCAUAAGUAAUAAGAGGUGUAACGAUUUAUUUGAACAUCAAUUCGAUUUGUUUUAUGAUUCGUGGUUGCCAGUUCAAUUCAAAGACGAUAUUGGUUCAUUUAGACCUAUACAAUCUGAAACCAUUGAGUCAUUUGAAAUUGAUUCAGUAACUUUUUAGCCAAAAAUUCAACCAGUGUUACUGUGAAAUAAAUACUUGGAUACUGGAUUCCUAGAUUCCUGUUGUUCCUUGUAAGGGACUCAGGUAUAAAUUAAUUAUGGUCAUAAACAAAGAAGUAAACAACAAUUAAUAGCAAAUGCAUUCACAUUUUAUUUGAAUAAAGUGCAACCUCCACUCCAGGUUGAAUUAACAGGAGAUUAAACUUUUCUGUACAGUAAGUGCAUCCAACAUUUUUGCUACCUCUGCAUUUCUUUUUCAACGCAAAAAUAAUCCAGUAUUGAUAUCAAAAAUAAAGUGCAAUCAACAUCUCUUCUGGUUGAAUUAACAGUAGGUUUCCCUGCUACUUCUGCUGUUGUUUUUUAGCAUAGAAAUAAUACAAAUACGACAUACACUGGACCACAACAGUGGCUUGAUUAAGUUUUGCCCUUAGAAAAUAAUAAUUUUGACUUUCAAAAAUUAGCAGGAAGAGAUAUUUUUGUGAGAAGACACUAAAUCAGCCUGUAAAGCACGAUAGGAUAAGACUGCAUUGUCCACAGUGCACGCCAUAAUUAACUCACGCUGUCUCAAGUUCAUUUGUGUACACAGUGUAGAGAAAAAAAGGCUUUUAUUUUGUAAUGUUUAUGUACUCAGGAGGGACAUACUGUGGAGAGGUGGGUAUAAAGACUUUGAGUUAUAGCUUAUAUACAGUCUGUAUAUUUGUUUUUAUUUCACUCUACACAUUAUUCCUGUAGGUCUGGUAUGUAUGUAAAGCGUACACUUCAUUGAAUUUAUCUGGAGUAAGUUUGAGUUAUUUCUUAUCUCAAUACAUCACCAAAUCAGUCUUUGAGUACCAGAGUCUAGGGCUCAAAUAAGAGUCGAACUCUUGGACUUUUGGCUUGACCUGAACUCCUUAAGCUAUUUGUGAAGUACAUUACAGCAUUCAAAUCUCUCUCAGCUAUUACGAAAACAACAACAGUAUAUAAAGCAGGUGCAACGUCUGAAAUAUCUGCAUGCAUCCAUGUGCACUCUGCCACCCUUAACUUCAGUCUCAGAGAUCCUCAUUUCAAUCAAUGCCACCAUCCAAAGCAGAAUGAAGUUACACAGCUGUGAUUUAUCCUCCAGUCUCCUGAUUAGAGCCCUUCAAUUUAAUUUCAAACAAACACAGUUAUUUCAGGAGAAAAUUACCACUAAAAGUAGAAGAAGCACACAUAACACACAGUAAGAAACCACCGGACCUCCUGAAAUGACUCAACCUUUAUCUUUAUGUAAUGUGGGAGAUGUCCGGUUUAUUGACUGGGCGGAACAGAACACAACCCUGUCUUUUUCACACACACUAACAUUGAGGAAAAGUUCAUCUCCACCCAUGUAAAUAACUGCUGUUUAUCUGGAGGAGUGUGUUGACUCUCUGGAGGAUCCUCUCCCUGACCGCAGGCUGUGGAGGAGUAAACACGUGUCAUGUCAGCGCCUCAUUAGUCUGUUUGACAGGAAGGAGUUGAAGCACUUCUUCUCUGCUGGAAAGGAAGAGAGUCGGAUAACAAAACCUUUAUCACUUUGAUCAGUUUCCAUUGCAAGCUGCUGUCAGCAUCUUCAUCAGAACAUGUUCUAGUUUGAGUUUUCCUUCUGCAGUAAGAGGGAACAGGCACCCACUGUCUAUAUCCAUGGCUCUCACAAAGUCAGAAAACUCUGGGAAAAGAAUCACUAUUACUGUCGUAUUUUUGAAGACUUGCUUGAAAAAUUCUCAGAUAUUUAACAUAAUCUGAUGUUAUAACAGGUCAACCGUAGCAUAAGUUUGAGAGCACAAAGGAGAUGCAGAUUUCUGCUAAGAGAGCAGGAAGAGGAGCAGGAGGAGGAGAGAGGAGAGCAGGGAGAGGAGCAGAAGGAGGAGAGAGGAGAGCAGGGAGGGAAGCAAAAGGAGGAGAGCGGGGAGAGGAGCAGAUGGAGGAGAAAAGAGAGCAGGGAGAAAAGCAGAAGGAGGAGAGCAGGAUGAGGAGCAGGGGGAGGAUAGAGGGGAGCAGGGAGAGGAUCAGGAGGAGGAGAGAGGAGAGCAGGGAGAGGAGCAGAAGGAGGAGAGAGGAGAGCAGGAAGGGAAGCAAAAGGAGGAGAGAGGAGAGCAGGGAGGGAAGCAAAAGGAGGAGAGCGGGGAGAGGAGCAGAUGGAGGAUGAGAGAGGAGAGCGUGGAGAGGAGCAGAAGGAGGAGAGCAGGAAGAGGAGCAGGAGGAGGAAAGAGGAGAGCAGGGAGGGGAGCAGAAGGAGGAGAGAGGAGAGCAGGGAGAGGAGCAGAUGGAGGAUGAGAGGAGAGCAGGGAGAGAGGUAGGAGUAGGAGAAAGGAGAGCAGGAAGAGAAGCAGAAGGAGGAGAGCAGGGAGAGGAGCAGGAGGAGGAGAGAGGAGAGCAGGGAGAGGAGCAGGAGGAGGAGAGAGGAGAGCAGGGAGAGGGGCAGAAGGAGGAUGAGAGAGGAGAGCAUGGAGAGGAGCAGAAGGAGGAGAGCAGGUAGAGGAGCAGAAGGAGGAGAGAGGAGAGCAGGGAGAGGAGCAGAUGGAGGAUGAGAGGAGAGCAGGGAGAGAGGUAGGAGGAGGAGAAAGGAGAGCAGGGAGAGAAGCAGAAGGAGGAGAGCAUGGAGAAGAGCAAAAGGAGGAGAGAGGAGAGCAGGGAGAGGAGCAGAUGGAGGAUGAGAGGAGAGCAGGGAGAGAGGUAGGAGGAGGAGAAAGGAGAGCAGGGAGAGAAGCAGAAGGAGGAGAGCAGGGAGGAGAGCAGGGAGAGGAGCAGAAGGAGGCAGGUGUGUGUGUCUGAAAAGUUAAGGGUUAGAGUUAGGUAUGAUGAGAGAGCUUGAAGCAAUCAUGAAAGUGCACAAACUGGUACUGUUACAUAUGAGAUCAUGUAAGGUUUUUUUUUUUUGCCUUUGCAUUGACGGAUAAAGAACAGCUGGUAGAGCAAGAAUCAUGACCAUGUUUGCUUUUGUAGGCCAUAAAGAGGCAUCACCUUCAAGGUCAGUCUGAUUUUAUAAUUGACCUCUAACCCCUUCAUAGGAGUUUUAAAGAGGUGAUAUAACAGUAGAAAUAACAGAGUUGAUUGUUGGACAGAUGAACAGCUCCCCUGGAUGCUGAAUGGUCUGAUGGUGUUUGUCUUACCCACCCCCGUAGGAGGCGACUGUUAGUGACAGUUUAAGGUUGCCUGUCUACACCCUUUGUAAACCGGUUGUAUAAGUUCUUUGUGCCGGUGAAUAUUUGCUAAUGUGAUCUCUGUGGAAACAGAUAGAGGUCAAUGCAAGCAUGUUCAAUGUUUAAGCAGCACUGCAGAACAAAAGGCUGUAAAACAUUUGACUGAAUUUGAACAAAUAUUUGCAUUCAGGCAGUCUCAGGAGCAUUUUUCAGUGGGUUUAAGAUGAACAAUCAACCUGAUCUAUAGCUGGAUAAAUCAGUGUUUGCAGUUGUUAAUGGAUCAAAUACCUAAAGAAGUCUGGAUUAUUUUGGACUGACAGUGCACAGAUUUACUGAUGACAAAUGUUUCUCCAACAUGGUGUUUUUGAUGGAAUGAAAAUAAAACUUUUCUUUAUGGAUUGUUAACCAAACUCACAUUUUCUCACUACAAUGUAAUUGAGCCUUUAACCCUUUUAGGAAAGUGAUGUAAUAUUAUUUUUUAUAAUGCAGAGCAUAAUGGAGCUCAUGUAGGGCCAUAAAGCCAGUUAGUUGUCAGCAAAAGUGUAGUUUUUUGCAUCAUUCAUUAUGGAAAAACAGAGGUUAAUGUCAGGGGUAUUUUGAGACACAUACAACAAUGAAAGUUUUGUCUUUUAUAGGCUCACAGUAGCCGAUGUUGCAAAGUUUUCUAAAUUCAUCUUGAUCACAUUUUAAAAGUUUUACUUUUUCAGCAUGUUGACCAUUAAACCACUGUAUUCCUCUAGUUCGACAAAACGCAAACAAAAAAGAUUUUGUGUUUGUUCGUAUAGUUUAUGUAGAGAUGUGUUGCUCGGCCUGAACUCUUUCAUCCUCCUCUUCUUCAUGUGGGUGUCAGAGCUGCUGUCAUAGAGCUGGACACACUGUAAUAUAACUGUGAGGGGGAUUUGAAAGACUAAGUAAAUCCAUAUCAUAAUUUUAUUUUUCAGUAUCCUGCAGCCGUAAAGUCAUUUGCCACAGACAUGUGGACAACAUUUUGGAGCUGUCUGCACCUCAUAGAUCACAGCAGAGUUUAUUCCAGUAAUAAAUCUAACAUUUAAAAUCAUAAUGUACAUUUCAUUGUAAUAAUUGGUCCUUUCAAAUAAAUGAUUCAAGUGGAAACACUGGUACCACUGAACCAACAAGAAAAGAGGGUGAUAUAUUCAGGUUAUUUGUUCUUAUUUGCAGCCAGUUUAUUGAUUCUUUUUGGAGUUUAAUGAACUUUCAGAACAUUCAGCUCAUAAAACAAAUUAACUUUCAGAAAACACAUCAACUUUUGAAAAUCCUCUAUCUCUGUUAUGAUGCUUCAAACUGACACUCAUGUGAGGUCUAAGUACUUCUAACUUUGUCCUAUACAGGUUUAAGUGACUUGUGCACUUGGACUUUCAGUUAAUUUAUUUUUGUAGAUUUGAGGUGACUUCUCUCACUUCUCAUCAGUUUGUUAAAACAGACUCAGAAUCGAUGUGAAGAGAGUUAAAGAGGUCAAAGGCAGCUGUUUGUUCUGCUUUAAUCCAAACCAAAGCUGUCGUAAAUUUAUUUGGAAAACAAAAAAAAAUCAGCAUUUGAACUUUUCCUUUUUUGUUUAUCAGAGAGUUAAAAACAGAGCAUGUCUGGCUCUGAGCUCGGAAAAUUCCUGUGCUAAUCUCAGCGAUGUGUUUGUUUAGAUACAGAGGAAGCUAAUUAGUGUUAAUGAUCCUCCUGAUGGAGGAGUGAUAGCUGGGGAGGAGAGUUAGAGAAACACCAGAUGAAGAAGAUUAAACAGAUGAAGCAGAAGUGUGAGAGGACAAAAUCCUCCCUGUUUAGUCUGGUCACAGAUACAUGGACGCUGAUUUUAAAAUGUAGCUUUAAAAAAAAAUUCUAGCUAAUACACCUGUUCACAUUUGAGUUGAUUUGUUUACUCUGGUAAAGUGGAAGGUCCCCCAAAUAAACAUCUUUUAGAAUAGAAUAGAAUAGAAUAGAAUAGAAUAUUCCUUUAUUGAUCCCCCAUGGGGGAAAUUUUUUUUGUCACAGCAGCAUCACAGACAAAGAGUGCAAAAAUGCAGUUAUAAAAAUAAAGAUCCUAAUAUUAAGAACUUAAAUAGAUGUAAUAAUUAAGAAAAAAAUUAGAAAAGGAAAAAGGGAGAAGAAAAAUAAAAUAAAAAUUAUUAAAAUAAAAAGUUUUUAGUUUUGGCCACUAGAUGGAGACAGAGUACGAUCAGUGACGGAGAGAAACUGAAGAGACGCUGCUGCUCUCUAUAACAAAGUUCAUCUUCUGUGCAGUACAGAUGAUAAGAGUUUUAGAUGUUAUAAUUUAAUUUAAUACACACCUUUGAACCUGAUAACUGAUCCUGAGUACGAACAGAGGAUGUAUAACCACACAAAUACAGCAAACGACACCCUGACAUGAAUCUUCCUGUGUUUCAGGUGUACAAGGUGUGCAGUGACACGUUUGACUCAUAUGACCAGCACUAUGGGAGAGGACUGCUGAAGGACACUAUUAAAGACGGUAUGUGUGGGUUUAUAUAAGUGGGUUUAAUGUGACAAAUGAUGGUCAAGCCAGUAAUUAACAGUGAUACUUUUUAUUUUGCUUGAAUUUUUAUUUCUAUAACUUUGUCGUCCUCUCCUCUCCUGCAGGCCUGGCUAAAUUCUUCCAUAACGGAGUCAGUCUGAGGAGGGAUGCUGUAUCCGCCAGCAUCUGCAGAGUGCAGCGUAUCCUCCGCUGGUUCGAGUCCCAGCAGCAGCUCACCUUUUACGCCAGCUCCCUUCUCUUCGUCUAUGAAGGUGUCCCUCCCUCUUCUUCCUCACCUUCUCCUCAGAGCACCCCUGCUAUCAGCCCAACUGCAGGGAAAACUGGAAAGUUAGAGGGUGAUGGCGACAGAGUCGUGGAGGGAACAGCGGGACAGGAAGAGGCGGGACAGAGGGAAGAGGUGGCUGAGUACAACAAUAACAACAUUCAGGUGUCGGUGCCCUGGGACUACAGCCUGGCCACCAUCUAUGCCAACCACACAAAAGGGGGCCACCAUCACUGUGCCAAGGGUCAUCUCCAUGGCAACAGUGGAGCUUGUAACACCAUGGAGACGACAGUGAGCAUCGUCCCUGGAGAUAAAACCUCAGCACUGUGUGAAGAAGACAACUCGGCAUGGAAACGGACAGGUGAGUCGCAGCAUGCACCGAACGGAAACGGAAACAAAUCGCAACUGGAAGGGAAGGACGAGGACGAAGACGACGAGGACAGCAGCAGAAGAAGAAGAGGGGAGGAGAUGCAGCAAGGAGGUGACACAAAAGAGGGGAGUGGAGGAGAGGCAGGGGUGGAGGUCAGGAUGAUCGACUUUGCUCAUGUGUUCCCGAGCGAGAGCCCCGAUCACGGAUACGUCUACGGCCUCAAACACCUGCUGACGGUGUUGGAGCAGAUCCUCUGUGACUCCACCUAGAGCUCCCCCUCCUCUCCUCUCCCUCCGCUUACUCUUUACCUCCUGACCUUUUACCCCUUACUUCUCCUCCUGUCUCCCCCCCCAUCAGAACCCCUUCACCUGUCUUCUCAAGAAACUUUCAGACAGGAGAGGGAAGAAUCAAAGAAGUGAAUAUGAAAACAGAUCCAUCAUCGUCAACAUCAUCAUCUCACCUGGGUUUGAUGGUCUGCCAGUAGUGUGUGUGUGCGUGCGUGCCUGUGUGUGUGAGUGUGUGUGUAUGUGUGUGUGUUAGUAAAGCAGAGGCAGUAGUGGCUGACUGCUGUAUGUUCCCUGUGAUCAGCAGCGCUACAUGCACUAAUCAAUACAUGAAGGCAUUCGGACCUGAAGUUAAACACAACUUCUUCAGUUUCGUGAUUUACUCGAGCUCAGACUCACUCCACAGUUUCUAACAUUACCCACAAUUCACCUCGGAAAGAUUUGUAAACAAAUUUCCGGUAGUCGUCUUUUAAAAUCGUUCAUGUCAACUUUGGUAGUUUUAAACUCUGUUUUAUUUAUUAUUUUAACUCUUUUGGAGGUUUAAAUAACUAACCAAUGGAUUUUUGGAAUAACCCGGUUGAUUGCUUCAUCAGACGUCCACAAAACUGCCUGUCAUGGCUGCAGCUUCGUCUUAUAAAAGUCUCAGAUUGCUAUAAUAAGUUUCUGAUAAAAUGACAGUUCUGCUGUUUUAUGAAGAAGUUAAAUCUACCAGAAAGAUUUCUUUAAUCAAAGCAACCGGACUUCCUUUACAAUUCUGUUAAUUAUAUUUUAAAGCAGGGUUAUUAAACCACUAUAUCAGUCUGCGACACAUAUAGAGUAGAUCUACAUAAUUUGCCUCAUAUUGGCUAAAAUGAAGCUAGAAAAAUGAAGCUAUGCAGCCGGCUAACAAUAACUGCCUAAACCUGCAGACUUUGAGUAGAGCACAAAAAGGAACUAAGCUCUUCAAAUGAGCUCAAAACUCUAAUAUUCAGCCUCCAGUUGACGCUUAUCAUGAGCGGUCAACUGGAUUUGGUCCAUUAGGAUUGAAUUUUUUCAUUUUUGAGAGGAGAGAAAAUAAAACUGAGGCUGAGAUGACGAGAAUAAAUCAUAGCAGAAAAGUCUGAAUUUGGUUGUAAAUGAGGGAAAACAAGAGUAGAGGCAUAGGAGAAAUAAAGUUCCAGUUUGUAGCAUGCUUAUCAUUUCAGCCUCUUUUCUGAUCGCCCCUUUCAAAAUAAAAUCAAAGUAUCUGUAUUUAUAUCAAUACAAUGACACUAUUACUGUGAGAUCAGAUCUAGAAAAACCUCUUCUUUGAUCUGAUGUGAGAUUCUGGCUUCGAGUAAAACAAGAAAACCUGGAGGAUGUCGUGUUCAAUUCAGGUGGCCAUCUUGUUUUGUAGUUUUUACCACUGUCUACAGGUAUCUAACUCAGGUAACUCUACUGUAAGAAAACAUAACUACUAUUACCCUCUCAGCUGGUCGAUGGUCAUGCUGUCUGGUUGUUUCAUUGAGUCUUACUGUGUGUAUUUUAUCUCAUCGUUGACCUUAUCUCAUAAAUGUUGGAGUGUUUAAGCGCCUAUCCUUACUUUCUCCGUACAUGUUAUCUUUGACCAUGGCUGUUUUUAACUGUUGUACAUGUUUAGCUGCCAAAUCACCCCUCUCCUCCUCCUACUCUUCCUCUCUGGAGCCGUGAUCUUUGCUGUGUUUGUGCAGUAACUUGGUGCCCUCGCCCCACACACACCUUCACCUGCCCUAGUUUUAGUGACAGGAUUAUAAUGCUAAUGUCAUAGCUUAUACUUCCAUUAUUUCCUUUUAUAUCAAAGGGUCGUGAUUGGUUUGACUCGGUGCCAUUGCUUUGGCAUUAACCAUGUGUUAUGCUAUAAUUUAUUUUAUUCCUAUACGGGCCAGAGGAGGAGAAUCAACCUUUUUAAUUCGGGAUUAUUUCUAUUUUGAUUUUAUGGCAGAACUUGCUCGACUGUCAGCCAUGUGAUGUGCUAAUAUGAAUCUGAGGGUUUGAAGAUUGUAGUAAAGGACGAUGUGAAUCAUGCUGCUUUAAUGGGAGUUGACUGACAGACUCGACAGACAGUGACAGAAUGCUUCGGAGAGAUAGACAGCAACUGAAUGGUUUCUUUAUUUGUUUAUUUUAUCACUUGUUUUUUUUGGCUGAGUGCAGGAAUGAAGAUGGUUGUUGAAUGAAGAGAGUUUAGCCAGUCGACUCAAACCAAUCUGAGACGAAUGGAUCUUGAUGCUGCUUUGUAGCGUUGGCUAAUAAUCUGUGGCUGACACGGACUGACUGUUAAUCCAAGUCAAUAAUUCUAAAGACUGAACAUAGGAAAUGGUUGUAGCCUGUGGUUUUGGGGGCAAACCAGUGAUAAAGUGCCUUUAAAAUCACAGACUGUUUAAAACAUAGUCUCUGCUAGGUUGCCAGUUUUAAAGCCCAAUUAAAGUUUUGGUCAAAGGCAGGCACGUUAAAUAAACUUUGGUAACAGUUAAUCCAUAAAUACUGUUAUAAGUUUAGAGAAGGUAACAUUAAAACUGUUAAAAGUCUGACAAUCGACCCCCUCCCUCCUCCUGCUGCAGUGGAAAGGGACUCAAGAAUCCAAGUUCGGCAAAAACAUUCAUCUCAACACAAAAUAUCCAAACAGUUUCUUGGAUUACUUUAGAUCUGCAGUGGCUGUAUGUUCUUGAUCAGUUUCUGUUAUCCAUCAUACUGCAGCAGGAUUCUUUCUCAGGUCAACAGACUGACUGAGGGUAAACCCAGUAUGCCACAUAGGGGGCAAGAGGUUUAACUGUUAAAAUGCUAAAUGUCGAUAUUGAAGUAAACCAAAUAUGUACCCAGCUCUAACUGUGGUCACCAUAUUUAGAAUACUUUCACAACCUAACUUUCCACAGACAAAGAAGGAGGGCUUGAACAACCCUGACAAACUGCCCCAACAGGCUUACCUGUCUGUCAUUUCUGCGUAACUCUCAGCGUUUAUGACAGCUCCCUGGAUUUGUGAAAAUAAGUUUUUGCUCAGCUUUUGCAGACAGCCUCAAGUGGUCACUGCCAGACAUGCAGAUUUUUUUGUCUUGCUUUAAACCUGAAUCCCUUUUAUUGAGCAGCAGGAGGUUUAUAUACCAAAGAUUUGACCACGAUCGAAUUUAUGAGAACAAGGCCGGCCUCAUAGUCCUGCAUAAAAGGAAAAUCAAGGAUCUUUAUGGGGGUUUUGACUUGUUGCUGCAACAGGAAUGAUUAAAAAUCUGACUUUUCUUUAAUUAAGGGAAAUGUGCAUCGUAUAUCUUUGAAGUUUACCAUACAGAAAGAGCUUUGGAUGCCUAAAGAUGACAAGGUGGAAGAAGAAAAAAAAGCUCAGCCGUAAAACAUGUGGGCACUAUCAUUUUGUCCAGUAAACCGAACAAACAUAGCGAGGGAAAGAAAUGCAAAUGUUUAGUCUUGGUCUGAUCUGCUGUCAGUCCUGAAUAUUAGUCCAACGCUCCUACACUCAGCAGCUGAAACACUCCAUCUCACAAAUAUAAUACAACAACCAUUUUAAGAUUGUUUUAAUUCAGCUGAGUUGACGAUAUUUUAUCAUUUCCUGUGCAUCGAUUCUACUUUAUCCCCCUGAGAUGCUCAGCUGUUUCUUUUCUACACCUCUGCUCUCCACACUAACUCUGGAGCGGCACUGCUCCUCUUUAACGUUAACCAACAUCAUGCGCAGGCCUCUUCACUUGAUGUAGCUUGUACUAUAUGAAUAUAAUGAACAAUAUGAAAAUCCUGAUCUUUUGUAAAUCAACUCAAUUAGUUGUAAGAUGAUUUGUAUCUGAACCAAAAGAGACGAACUAUUAGAAUAUUAUAUUUUUCUCUUUUUAAUAAACUUGAUCAUUUCUUUGGACUAAACGAUAUAAAAGUUUGACAGGAUGUUUACAGGAAUUAGCGGACAGAUUUGAAUCACUGCCUUAUGUUCUGUUGAUGUCUCCAUGUUGUCUCUGUGUUGGAAAUAUUGAUUAUUGAUAAAUCAGGCAGCUUUGUGAAUCUCCUCUCUGGGUUUUUAGCCUGUUUUUCUCAUGGCUAACUCACUAAAACCAUAUCAUGCAUCAUUGUACACAUACAGGGCAUUGGUUUGAUGAAUGACUGGCUCUUUGCUUGAACUCCUUUAAUCAGUCAGUGUUACUGAGACUUUGGAUUUCAGGGCAGGUGGGCUGCUUAACAAACAUGUUCUGCUUUUCUUUUUCGGACUUCUCUUGGGCAGCUGUUGGUCUUUGUCCACUUUUUCGCUGCUUUGUGGUCCAUGAACAAGCCAAAUGACUCAACUAUGAUGUGUAAGACGACAAAAAGUCUCAGAAAAAGCCGGGGAAAUACAAAUAUGUUGAGAGAAUAUGCAAUACAGUCAGAUUAUAAUGAGAUUAGAAGAGCCAUAGUGAUUUUGUGAGGGAUGAAAGGCUGUCCGUGAGACAACACUUUGGCUUCAAAUAAAAAAAAUAAACCUUUGCUAUGCAGAUGAAAAACUCUAGAUUCACACUUUUGAGGUUCUCAUAAGACUGCAUCUUUAAAUAAUGUUUUUAAUGACGUUUGUUUGAUAAGGACGAUGCAAAUUUCAUUGAACAGCAGCUGCACAAACUAAUGUUCACAAUUGCUAGUUUCCAAAUCUUGUCUCUAGUUAGGUUUUUAGUAAAUUUAAAAAAAAAAAAAAUCCAGAUUACUUACAAUGAAAGUCUUAAUAACUGUUAAUUUUUUGUGUGUGUGCUGCAGAUAGUGCAGAGAGGACUGCUAACUGUGGAGUCAGAGCUCCCUCUGCUGGACAUGUGGUAGAACAUCAAGAACUACAGACGGUUGGCUACUCCUAAAGUGUCUGUCAGUGUAAAAUAACAUUACCAGGACAUUUUAAUUCUUCAUAUAGACUUGCUAUUGGCUUACUGUUGUUUGUUGUUGAUUUAAUCAGACCAGUUAAAGAGUGGAUAUGCCAUCCUUUUUCUACGACCUUGAAACAUUCAGCAGGGUCUAAAUGAAACACGUGACAAUCUGUGAUCAAAUAACAUUAGGAAAAAACAUACUGAAUUAUUUCUAAGGCUUUAUUGUAAAUCACCUUGAAUAAUAUUGCUUGACUUGCUCACCACAGUGAUACAGAUGGACAACAGCAGCUACCCACAGAGAUAAAAUACAUCAAAUAGAUGCAGAAAGUUUCCAAAAAAUGGAAUUAAUUAUAAAAUGUAAGCUCUGUAAUUUAGACUUUUAUUGGUCAGAUUUUUUCUUUAAAGUUAUGAAAGAGUUAAAGUGCCCACCUCCUCUGUCUGACAGCGUCUUAGUGCAUGUCUGAAAGCACCUUUAAUCAGACUGGAAAUCACUAUGAUGCCAUGAUAACAGCACACAGAGCGGGGAAGAGUCCAGCUGUGCUCAGCAGAUGUUCUCUAAUGAUUAGGAUGCAAACGUCAAAUGACACUGACUCUGUUUUGCUUUUUUUUUUAUAUGUUCUACUCAUUUGUUUACAUGCAGUUUUAUUCUGUAUUACGUAGAGAGUUCAGUCAGAAGCCAGAAUAAGAUUUGUAUCCAUUUAUUUUAACUCGUUUUCAAGUUCAACUUGUGAUCUGAUUAGCAAAUACUUUUUCUGAUGUGAACACAAGAUUGAACCAAAAUCCCUCAGACAGGAUCAGAGAAACAUUCACCACCGCUCAACUGUCAUGAAAACAAACCUGUAGGAGGAUUGAAAGAGUGCAGCUCCCUGUGUUUGAUGUCCAACACGAGGAGUUUAGUGAGGAAUUGAACCCGGUCCGCUCUGUUGAGCCCUGUAACAGAAGCUGAGCUCUCUCUUCUCAUUGUGGUUUUUGAAGCGUGUUUGAUUUUAUAAAUACUGGAUUUAACAUGUCUUAUAAAUGAGCCUGAAACAGAACAGAAAAUAUCAUCAGUGUACAUAAAGAAGAGGAACUUCGACAGCUAUAAACCUGAUACUCAUUAUUUUUUCAACAAUAAAAAUAUUAAUCAAACUCUUUG